AUGAAUGCGACCAGUUCAACAUCUACUAUACCAACGGCAUAUCAAUAUGCAAAUCCAUUACUAUAUACGCUUAGGGAUUAUCAUACGGAUAUCGAUCCAUAUUGGAUCGUAGCCAUAGAAUUUAUCAAGUUACAGUUCGCUUUACGUCUUUGGAACAGAGUGCGCUAUGGAAAAUGGUUAACAUCAGUUGAAUUUAUCGUCGAUUGCUCCGAACGCGACAGCGCUCCUAAACCUUCUGCUCCCCUGAUGGUUCCACGUCGAUCUUUACCUGCUCCUUUAACUGUCUUUAUUCUUCAGGAUUUUAAUAAAUUGGAAAAAAACGAAAAGAAAAUUUAA